AUGGAAGACUGGGUGUAUGUUGAAAGGAGGCGAGGGAGCAGGAGGAAGAAGUGCGAAAGGGUGAGCAAUCAUGCGGGGCGUCGCAGCGGGCACAGCAGCUAUGGCAUCGAUGGUACCAAUCGGAGCAAUGGCAGCGAUGGGCCCUUCACAGAGCACCCACCCAUAGACCAAGAGAAGCAAGCGGAAAAGACAUUCAGCGAAGUAAAAAAGGUCAUGACCUGCUUACAAAAAAGUGACUUCUUUGAAAACUUCCACGAACAAUUUGUGGAAGCAGUGGAUAAGGCGAAUGUGCACAUAAAAUGCGCCAUCUGCCUGGGCCUCGGUUCUUUAGCGGACCCAAAUUGGAACAACAAAAAGGCUUGUCUGUACCAGCUGGGAUUUGUGCUACUCCUUAGGAGGAUCUACAAUGUAGAGAAGGUUUACAUUUAUGACCCUAAAAUUGGGGAAGUGGACCGGCUUGUUUGUGGCCACUUCGACAUAGAGGUGUUGUCCUGUUGUGAGGAGGAGGCACCAGAAGUGGAGGGACUCAUAGUGGAACCACCCAUAGUCAAACCACCCAUCGAGCUAACCAGUGCUACAUCUCCAGAGGGGAAGAAAGACGAUAAGACGAGCCACACCAUUGCAAAACCAAGUGCGCAAGAACGGACGCUGGUGUUCAUGCCCCACUGCGAUGUCAGUCUGUAUAGCCAAGUCAUGCACAAUAUAUAUAGGAAUGAAAAACUCAGUUAUGCUAACGUCCACUUUUUGCUGACCCUGGAGAAGACCAUUUUUCUGGGGAACUCAUUUGAUUACUACAGAGAGCGUGCCCACAUGUACAGGCCUUUUGGAAUACCUCCCUACGCCAUUAGUAUGUUAAGAAGUGGAAAAAAACUCCCGAAAAGUGCCACUCAAAGCAGUCUUAAUCGAUUAGUGCAGUUUUACAAAAUGGAGCACUUCCUUUUUUACGUCCACAAGUAUGCGCGGGAGGGGAAGUUCCCCUUUUUCGCUGAACACGUGUCCGCUUUUAACGACAUGGCUAUCAUAACAUUUGGUUCCAUGCCGGACGGACUGAGCUUUUGGCUGGACGUCAGAUUGGGGGAAAGUAGCAAACGUAAUGCGAGACUCGAUCCAUUUCAAAUAAGUAGAUUCUCUCCUCACAAUUUUGGCAGAGCACCCCUGGUGAUGUAG